UAUCGUUAAAAUGAUGUUCUGCGGGUUAACGAUACUGUGUCUGUGACCUGAGCGUAGCGAUUAUUCUUUCUAUAUAUAGCUUUCAGGUUAUUAUAUCAGUCAACGCACUAACUGUCAGACGUGGCCAACAACAGAGAAGAACGGAUAGCACUAACUGAGGAAAAUGAGUAAGAUAACAGAUUAUAACGAUAUCUCCCGGUCAUACGACUCUGUCAGAGAACCUGCUGAUGCCUGUAUUCUGAAAAGUUUGAUGGAAUCCCUCACAGGAAAAUGUGUCAAGGAUAUGGAUAUUAUCGACAUUGGUUGUGGAACAGGGAACUUCUCAGAAUAUUUUCUUCGAUUUGAGCCAAGAAGCUUGGCCUUGAUGGAUGCCAGCGAGGGUAUGCUCAGCAAAGCUAAGGAAAAACUACAAUCUGUCCCUCCUUCCACCAAUUUGUCAUUCAAACAUGCAGUUUUGCCAAACAUGCCAUAUGAGGAUAACUCUUUUGAUGCUGCCAUGAUGAAUUUGGUUUUGCAUCACCUGGAACAAGACCCUGAUGGGAAAUCCUUUCCAAAAAUAGUACAAACCUUUAAAGAAGUGUUACGAAUUUUGAAACCAGGCGGGGUUUUAACCAUUAUCUCUGUAACACCAGAACAGCUGGAGGCAAACUGGUUUGCUCAUCUCGUACCCAAGAACAAAGAGCGAUGGCAUAAACGGUUGUUGAGUCACGAUCAACUAAAAAAUUGUUUGUCAGAAGCUGGGCUGACUUUGAAGUCGGCAUACAAUACACUGACCGCCUCCUACCAUCCAGAUCAUUCAAACCCAGAGGGUCCGUUAAGUGAAGCAUGGAGGAGGAGCAUAUCUUUUUGGGGAACUUGCACAGAAGAUGAAAUAAAAGACAUGGUUCAAAAUGUCACUCGCAUGAAAAAUGAAGGAACUCUACAGGAAUAUGUAGACACCCAUGAAAAACUUGGUAUCUAUGGAGCCUUGCAUAUUUCUGCUUCCAAAAAAGAAGUUCAGUAAUGAAAUACUGCAUUAUGCAUAUUUAUACACAUAAAUUCCAUUUAAGCAUUUAUUAUCUUAUGCUUUACAAAUAGAACUGAAAUGUAUGCUGGGUACAAAUUUUUUAUAUUCGGAAAUUACUGCCCAAAUUUUAAUUUUUCCCCAUUUAUUCUCAUUGAGGACAAAGGACUAUGUGCGGUAUGGUCAAAUAUCUGCCCCCAAUUUCUAAAUAGGAUCGUAUAAAAAUCAAAUCUUCAUAAAUCAUUGUACACUGGAUGCCUAUCACUUGAUUUUAGUCGUCAUUGCUCAUUCGCUGUUUAUCUAUGACGUCACCUAAAUGACCAAAUUCCUGCAAAUUUGCAAACAAAUGAAAGUAUUCUCAUUUUUGCUUUAUAUUUUGCAUUUGGAAGUAGAGAGCGCAAGUCUGCUCAAGUACGAUUUUAUCAUAUAUUUUUUUCCAGGUAGUUAUACACAUUAUACUAAAAAAUGGUACUUGAGCAAGCCUGUGCUUGAUGUUUCCCAGUUGAAAAACCAUAGGAAAAUACCCAUAUUAUGCUGCUAAACCUCAACUUAUCAAAUAAGGCAAUCUUUACGACGUCAUUUCUACAUUAUGACGUCACUGUGAUGAUAACCUUUUACACCCUUAUUUUCAAUAUGAUUUUUUGAAACUAUUUUUUACCUUAUUUUUAAAGCUCUUUAUAAAACUUUGAUUUUGGGGGCAAAAAAUGCAUAAUACUGCAAAUAGUCCUUUGAGAUACAUAUAGGAUCUCUCAUAAUUUGUGAAGUUGGAUAAAAAUCAUAUACCAUCGCAAAUCAUGAGAUUCUUUUUAUCACAUGUUAUAUCUUUUCUUAAAUCUCAAUUGUUUCUAUAAAAUUAUUAUUGUUAGCCGCACAUUUACUACAAGACGUCAACAACUUUACGCACAGAAAAACGUUCCUAUAAGAUAAAUAAACAUUUCAUUUUUGAUUAUAUAUAUUUUUAUAAAUUUUUAAUAAAAAAUGAAACAGCAUUAAA